CAGCGAAAGGGAAGAAGUAGAAGGCUGGGAAGGGAAGGAGAGAACGUGCAUACAGCUCUUCAGCGGAAAAGUGGUCACGGAAGGACGCUCGACUCGGUCUGAACGGACAGGAGAGGGGUCGGAGGGCGCGAGGGUAGGGCAGGUCUGCAGCCAAUGAGAGGCGCAUCGGGGCGCGCCCGGGACUCGACCCCACCUUCGGUAGUCAUGGCAACUCGCGAAACCCGCGAGAAACCCGCGAGAGAGUUCGCGGUGGUAGGGAGCAGGUCGGUGUCAGGGGUCGUCUUAGUCGGCAGUCGGUCUCUGGUCGGCCCCAAGAAUAGUCGUAUCGACGAGGCGGUAGUCGAGUAUCACCUCACUUCUCCUACUCCUGCUUGUGCCGGCACGAGCACGCUCGGGAACAUAGAGGCACACGCGCAGCUUAUCGACUGGACCGCGCGCACUCCGUCUCUCUCUCUCUCACACACUCCUCCUACGCUGGUGGAUCUCGCUCUCUUCGGCGAGCUUCCUCUCUCCCAUCGAACCCGCUCGACGUCUCUCGCUCUCUCUCUGGCGCCUCUCUUCCCUUUCUCCGACGCUUCUUUCCUCCCCCGUCCGCCUACCCACUCGACCACCCUCCAGUGCGCGAACCGCGCACACCCUCACCACCCUGUGUCUCGGUGGCCCGCGCCACCGCGCAUCCGCCCAGCGUCGAUAUAUCACGAUACCGCGGAUACAACGUCGCGAGGAUACGCCGAUCUAGCGCGCGCGAUCUCGAUCCCGAUCUGGAUCUCGAUCUCUCGCGGCGAGUGCUCGACCGGGUCGAGCGUACACGGUGGUGACACGAGAAAGACGCGUUCCCCAGUUUCUCGGCGGGAUAUCGGGCUCGCGAGUGUGAAGUGCGGAUUAUACAGCGCGUUUGCCGCGUGUUUUUCGGAUCGGUCGGUCCGUCGACCGGCCACAGUGAUCGCGAGUGACUCGUCGUUCGAUUAAAGGACGCACGAUCUCGCAGUGGACGGCUCGAAUUAGGAAAUUGGCCGAAUCCUUAGCGGAGGGACCGUGUCGCCCUCGGGAGAGGAGGCUGCUUCGGUGGUGGGUGAAUCACGAUGCGGCUCGGGACGACGGGAUCUCGAAGUCGCGGGGACUCGAAGCAGUGCGCGAGUGAGUGAGGAAUAGUGCUGCGAGGAUUUCGUCGGACCGCGAGCGAGUUAGUGCACGCGUAACAGUGCGCGUAAGGAGAGCAGACGAAGGAAAGAACGGAAGGAACGAUAUCCAAGGCGAGAGGGCGAUUCGAUCAGCGUAAGAUCGCGGGGUGGUUCGAGCCCGAGGAAGAAGCGAGCCAGCGUCCGCGAGACGGCCGCCGCUUCGGGGUGGUCGGUGGUCGCGAACGAGCAGCGGAAACCGGCAGGGUGGUUCGAGGCGGGACAGGAGCCGUUGACGCCCUGGCGACUGCCGGGGUGGUUUACCCGGCCGCGACAGCGACGUUGUUCCCUGGCCGGGUGUCGACUGGACACCACCACCCCGAGUUCACCACCACGUUGGAGGUGGGGUUCCCGGCGCGCGGCUCCACCGCCUCCAUGGCGUUGGUAGCCGCGCCGCCCUCGUGGGCCUCGCGGGACCCCGGGGCCAGCCUGGCUGCGACCGGUGCAGCCGCAGCGGCAGCCGCGGCCGCGGCCGCCUCCGGCGCGGGUCCGGGCCCCAUACAAAUUGCUCCGCCGCCCCCGAUGCCCCCCGCGCACCUCACGCCCUCCCAAACGCCCGACGACAUCACCUGUCUGGUGCCCGCCGGAGCGGUUCUCACGCCCAGGGACCCCUUACCGCCCAGCACCACACCCGGAAGUCAAGCCAACAGCUCUCAAUCCGGCAGCUCGCAGACCGACAAAUCACCCAACAUCGAAUGCGUCGUCUGCGGCGAUAAGAGCAGCGGCAAACACUACGGACAAUUCACCUGCGAGGGAUGCAAAAGCUUCUUCAAGAGGAGCGUGAGGAGGAACCUAACGUACUCGUGUCGAGGGAAUAGGAACUGUCCCAUCGACCAACACCAUAGGAACCAGUGCCAGUUUUGUCGGUUGAAAAAGUGCCUGAAGAUGGGCAUGCGACGGGAAGCCGUGCAAAGAGGUCGAGUGCCACCGUCGCAGCCGUCGUUGCCAGGUUUACCUGGACAGUUCGCCCUGACGAACGGUGACGCGGUCGCGUGCGCCAGCCUGAACGGUCACUCUUACCUCUCCUCGUACAUUAGCCUGCUCCUGAGGGCGGAGCCGUACCCGACCUCGAGAUACGGCCAGUGUAUGCAACCGAACAACAUCAUGGGAAUCGACAACAUCUGCGAGCUCGCGGCGAGAUUGCUGUUCUCAGCGGUCGAGUGGGCCAGAAACAUCCCGUUCUUCCCGGACCUUCAGGUGACGGACCAGGUCGCCCUGCUCAGGCUAGUUUGGAGCGAGUUGUUCGUCCUGAACGCGAGCCAGUGCUCGAUGCCCCUUCACGUGGCGCCGCUGUUGGCCGCAGCCGGUCUUCACGCGUCACCGAUGGCCGCGGAUCGCGUCGUCGCCUUCAUGGACCACAUCAGGAUCUUUCAGGAACAGGUGGAAAAACUGAAGGCUCUGCACGUGGACUCUGCCGAGUACAGCUGCCUCAAGGCCAUCGUCCUCUUCACCACAGAUGCUUGCGGUCUGUCGGACGUGGCGCACAUCGAGUCCCUUCAGGAGAAGUCGCAGUGCGCUCUGGAAGAGUACUGCAGGACCCAGUACCCGAAUCAGCCGACGAGGUUCGGCAAGCUGCUCCUCCGACUGCCAUCCCUGAGAACGGUGUCCUCCCAAGUGAUCGAGCAGCUGUUCUUCGUCCGGCUGGUCGGGAAAACGCCGAUCGAAACGUUGAUCAGGGACAUGUUGUUGAGCGGUAGCAGCUUCAACUGGCCGUACAUGUCCACGAUGUGACAUUCUGUCUGGCGACAGCUAGCUUCCGCGUAAUACUGUCGCUCCCCGUCUCGUCCCGUGGUCCAACCAAGUUUCGAUCGUCGAGCCAAACGCUCGAUUCGAGCGCUCUGCUCGUCCCACGACUGAAACGAAACGUUCUUUCUCCUUUUGAGGGAACCCCCGCGAAACGUCGUGGACAAUGGGUCGUCGACGACGCGUUGGAAAUCAACUUUCGACCGACGUUUCCAGGUUUUAACCGCGCUGGAUCGCGUGCGAGACUCGUAACACGCGCGUGAAAGGGAACAGACGAACAGAGAUGGGCAAAAUGGACGAAUGAGGGAAUCGUCGGACAGAUUUUUAUUCAUUUACCAGUGAAAUUGUAUAGAUACGAUCGAUUUCGACGUCUUUACAAUUUUCUAUCAUUUUUCUAAAUGUCCUUUCAAGGAACUUUCCAACCUAUUUCUAAGUAAUCAGGAACCCAAGUUCCAGCGGGAGAUACUGUGAUAAGGUUCGCGUGCAACCAACAUACUCUGUCGAAGAACUGUACAUAAUACGAGACGAUCACACUUACAGAUAGAUUUUCGAACCUUCUGUGUCUAUUAAAGAAAUUUAUUUAAAUUAAACGGUAGGUUUCAUAUUUCCAACUGUGCGUUUAUAUAAAUAUGUUGAUGUAUAUAUAAAUAUAUACAUAUAUAUAAUAUAAUAAUAAACACAUAUAAAUAUAUAUAUAUAUAUAUAUAUUUAUGUAUACAUGAAUGUAUAUGUAUUAUGUAUACAAUAUUUACGUAUACAUAUAUAUAUAUAUAUAAUAAUAAUAAAAAAAUAUAUAUACAUGUAUAAGCUUACUCAUAUACAUAUUUAUAAUGAACAAUUCAUUUGCUAAUAUCAAAACUAUUAUUUAAUUUAGUGAAACUUCUCCGAUAGACAUAGAGAGUACGAAUAUUUCUGGUACUGACUGUAUAUCCUUGUCAAGAAUAGGUUUCGCGAUUUGUUACAGGAAUCUUUAGCCUGCCGAAGAAGCAGCAGUUAUUUAUUCCGUCUUCGUAAAUUCGCUACGAGUAAUUUUGCCCAUUUCUGCGAGCAAACGAGGGGAUCGAGAAGAACGAAAGAUCGGCGCGACGACGACCGAUAAACCGUUGAUGUUGAGCGAAACGCUCCUCGAAGGAGCCACAAGCUCCAUUUCGAUAGCUACUUUAAGAAACUGUUCAGACUGCCUAGCAAGAACGACGAUUUCUUGCGAUUCGGUGCAUACACUUAAGAUUUGGCGCGUGCAAUGUCAAUUACGAUGCGGUUUCAUCCGAGACUCGAGCGAGCUUAUUUUUCUCCUUUCGCCAUGACGCGUGGGAAUCGAGCAGAGCUGGACGAACGAAGCUUGGAACGGAGAUAGGCAAAAUUCUCAACCGGAUAAAGAUUUCACAUAGCGAAUAAAAAUAAAAA